UGCCCAGGACUCUGCCAUCUGGCCAGCUGCGUAUUGUUCGUCCCACAGUCAGAAGGAAUGGAGCCUCACCUGACCAGGGCAGUGAAUGGUCUGGAGUGGUGAGAAUAACCACACUGCCAAUGGUACAAACCAGUGGAGCAGCAUCCUGUUAGAUCACAGGCAAGUAAGCAGGCAGGCAAGUCUCCAAGAGUUUCACCAGAUCAGAACCUCCAUCCAAGACUGUCCAUCAGGCAUCGGCUGCUGCAACCAGAGAGUUAACCUUUGUGAUGGAUGAAGGGGGGUAAUGUUACUGAAGCAAUUUGAGAUGGCUGAGAAUGUAGCCUCUGUGGAAUGUCAUGUUCAAGAAGGCGUUGGGUCCACAGUACUCGGCCAGCGAUCCCAGCCACAUUGUGACACCACAGUAAGAAAACCAAUGCCUGAGCCUUUCGGCUCCCCACGACAGGGCCAAGGGGACUCUUUAGAACAAAGUUCAGGAAGUAGCUCCUGUAUGACCACUAGAGAGCUACAGCAGUACUGGAAGGAGGUGAAGUCUGGUAGGAAACCUGUCAAACUGUUGUUUGAGAUCCCCUCCACACGUACUGUGGAACAAGCCCUGUCCAAAUAUGUGCUGUAUGAGAUUGUGGUGAUCAAGUCAGGCAGCUACGACUCCAAGCAGGCAUCUAUCGAAAGGCGCUAUAGUGACUUUGAGCGCCUUCACCACGAGCUUCUACAGGAGUUCAGCGAGGAGCUGGAGGAGGUGACGUUCCCAAGGAAGAGACUGAUGGGCAACUUUGCAGAGGAGAACAUUGCUGAGCGUCGUAUCGCCUUUAAGGACUACCUGGCUCAGCUGUACGCCUUCCGCUGCAUCCGUCGGGCACCGCCUUUCCUUGACUUCUUCACAAAGCCCGAGCUACGGACAGCCCAUGGUUGCUUGCGGGGUGGCCAGUACAGCCGAGCGCUGGAGAUCCUGCAGCGAGUGCUGGAGCUACAAGAGAAGUUGACACAGCAUUGCCCUGGCCUGAUGGUGCCCACACUGUGUGCUGUGAUGGUCUGCCAACGUGACCUGGACGAGCUUGCAGAAGCCUUUGCCAUCGGUCAGCGAGCGCUACCCCUGGUGCGUCGAUAUGGCCUCCACAAAUACCGCUGCCCACUGUUGGCCAUGCUGGUGGAUGUUGGUUACCAGGUGGACCAGCCCAUCGCACAGCUGCAGGAGGAGCUGACCAAGGUGAAGGAUGCACAGAGGGGCCUGGUGUCCCAGCUGUCCCUCAAGGAGCUCGUUGUGCAGGAGUUCACUUAGGGUCAGCAUACUGCACUGUCAUCACAUGUGCAUGGAGGAUCUGGACAGUUUGCAGGAACAUGUUUUUAAAGGGAGAUCUGAAUACACAUCAAUAAAGGGACAUUGAA